AUGGCUUCUCCGAGCUUUCGCAAUGAUUCUAUAAAUUCCCAUGGCCUCUCCGAACCGCCGCGCUCACCUACACCAAGGGCCGACUCCGCAGCCCCACCAUUAUCAGACCCAUCCCCCUCAACGUCGCAGACCAUCGGAGAUUCGCUGUUACGCGACUAUGCCUUACACAUAGACCCUUCACAACCCAUGAACGAAGUCGGCCGCAGGGCCUCCUCUGUUGAGUUCACUAGCCCUACUCCAAGCGCCGCAUUGACGAACCCUGUGCGCGGGCGAGAAGACCAGGUGCCCUCGUCCACGCAGUCUACUUUCCCAUUCCGCGCUGCGUCCUCGGUGCCCCGGCAUAGUCGGAAAGCUUUCUCUUGCGACCUGAUACCCCGACAGACGAUUAUAAAAGCGCUCGCUUCGCGACCAUCCUGCAAUAACCCGAAUUCCAACAUGCCGCUGGCGGCGUCCUUUGGUCUUCAAAGUCCGACCUCUCCCUCCAGCUCGGAAGAGACAGAACGCCGUCCACACACAUCGUCAUCGCGGAAGCUUUCUGCCGCUCUCUCAAAUUUGCAGCUCGCCGAUAACAUUCCUUCUACCCGUCUGAUCAUGCAAUCGCCAUGUUUCUUCCAUAAGCGGUUCGACGAUGCGGUGAAUCUGCAGAAGGUGCUGGAGGAGAUAACGGACGACGAGUGGCUGUCGCAUUCUCGUCUUCUGCAGACGGCGACUGGAGUCCGGGAGGUUUCCAAGCAACUUCAGCGACGACCGAUCAAGCGUGCGGUCAGAAAUGUCAUGAUCGUUACCAAAGCGCGUGAUAAUAGCUUAGUGCACUUGACCCGGGAACUGACAGAGUGGCUUCUAUCCACUCCGCGGUAUGGAAGGGACCUCGGCGUGAAUGUGUACGUGGAUGCCAAGCUACGACAUUCAAAGCGAUUCGACGCCCAGGGUCUGAUUCAAAAGAAUUCGGCGUACGAGCACAUGGUCCGCUACUGGACCCCGGACCUCUGUUGGACGUCUCCAGAGAAGUUCGACCUCGUACUUACAUUGGGCGGAGACGGCACUGUGCUUUUCACAUCCUGGCUGUUUCAACGUAUCGUACCGCCUGUCCUCUGUUUCUCUCUGGGGAGCCUCGGAUUUCUGACGAACUUUGAGUUCGAAAACUACAAAUCUCACUUGAAUGCAGUCAUGGGGGAUAUCGGCAUGAGAGUCAACCUUCGGAUGCGAUUUACCUGCACAGUGUUCCGGAAGGACCGGAGUAAGGGUGCGGACGUCGACGCGGUUGAAGAAGGCGAGCAGUUUGAAGUGCUCAAUGAGCUAGUCAUAGACCGAGGGCCGUCACCAUACGUGUCGAACCUUGAGCUAUACGCAGACAACGAUCUACUCACCGUUGUGCAAGCGGACGGCUGCAUUUUCUCCACUCCAACAGGCUCCACCGCAUACUCACUGUCCGCUGGCGGCUCUCUCAUCCACCCCUCUAUCCCUGGCAUUCUCCUUACACCAAUCUGUCCUCAUACUCUAUCCUUCCGUCCCAUGGUUCUCUCCGAUUCUCUCCUCCUUCGCAUAGCUGUCCCGGCAGGGUCCCGGUCGACGGCUUACUGUUCAUUUGACGGCAAAGGCCGCGUCGAACUCCGCCAGGGUGACUAUGUCACCGUCGAGGCCAGUCAAUACCCGUUCCCAACCGUUGUCGCCAACAACGGCGAGUGGUUCCAGAGCAUUCAGCGGGCCCUCCGCUGGAACACCCGCGGCGCCGUCCAGAAGAGCUGGCAUAGCGGCGAUGGCUCUAUGGACGCCGCGGAUGAGGAAAACGAGGAAGAAGAAUGGGACAUUGACACCGAUGCCGGGUACAAUGGCACCGAUAGCGGCCUCGGCCCGAGCGAAGACGGCGACACCGGAUCAAGCAGUCCGAUGAAGCGGCAGAUGAGUCUGCUCGGAAUGCAGCCGUGA